CGGUGGACACAGUUUGCGUUUUGACGAAAAGAGCCCGGGAUGAGACAUCUCCGUGUUUGCGCAUUUUUUUUCCACCUUUCAAACACUUUAUUUUAUGUUUUUUCCAGCCUAGGAGGACGUGCGUUUUGACGCGUUCUCCGGGUGUGAAAUCCAGUUUCCGAAGAAUAAUAAAAGCAGGAACUGCUCGUAUAGCCAGGAUAUUGACAGUCUGUAAGUCAGCCUUGCUUUUUCUUUUUCCCUCCCCCGUUUUUUUUUUUUUUUUUUUUAAAUUUCUACUUUCGUGGUCCCUCUGCGUUCAGACCACAAACCACAGCGAUGCCAGAGACAACGCAAGAGACGUGCGCUUCGGCCAAGGACUCUCCUUUCUUCAUUAAGAACCUGCUGAACUGUGAUAGCAAACCAUCCAAGCCCAAGCCCGUACUGGCUGCCACCAAGGCGGCCAUAGAGGGAGGAUUUUCCCUUUCCCAGGUCGGGGACUUCAGCUUUCCACGCUUUGACCUGCCCGCUCAGAGGUUCAGUCUACCGGCUCACUACUUGGAGCGCACAUCGGCGUGGUGGUACCCCUACACCCUGAGCUCAGCCGCACAUCUACACAGAACCGAAGUCACCGAGAAACCAGGAGCCAGAGAUUCCUCUCCGACCUCGGGCACAGACAGAGACUCUCCGGACCUGGUCCUCAAAUCCGAACCAGACACCAAAGACGACGACGAGGACGAUGAGCACAACAACAACAAGAGCAGCGACGAGAUCAUCCUGGAGGAGAGCGACACGGAGGAAACCAAAAAAGACGAGCUGGAGGAGUGGAAGAAGCGAGACGAUGACAAGAAGCCGUGCCGCAAGAAGAAGACGCGCACGGUUUUCUCCAGGAGCCAGGUGUUCCAGCUGGAGUCCACCUUCGACAUGAAACGCUACCUGAGCAGCUCGGAGCGAGCCGGUCUGGCCGCGUCCCUCCACCUGACGGAGACCCAGGUGAAGAUCUGGUUUCAGAACCGGAGGAACAAGUGGAAAAGGCAGCUGGCCGCGGAGCUGGAGGCCGCCAACCUGAGCCACGCCGCGGCGCAGAGGAUAGUCCGGGUGCCCAUCCUCUACCACGAGAACUCGGCCUCGGAGAGCGGAGGCGCCGCUGCCAACGUGCCCGUGAGCCAGCCGCUGCUCACCUUCCCGCACCCGGGGGUCUACUACUCCCACCCCAUCGUCACAUCCGUGCCGCUGCUCAGACCGGUUUGAAAAUAAGCCGAGCUUUGUGGCACAAGUUGGUGUCUAUUUCCUAAAUUAACUCAUCACAAAAAAAGUACAAGAAAAAAAAAAAAAAAGUUAAAAAAGAAAAACAGACAUAAUAUUUUUAUACUUCUGAGUGAAUGAAGAAACAGAAAAAAAUAAGAAGAGACUGUCACUGUCAGGCCUACAUGGACCUAUUUUGGCAAAUAUAUUGUGUCAUUUUCCAUAAGGGUGCCGUUUACACGUGGUCCAACAAUUUAAAUCUCAUUAUUAUUAUUAUUAUUAUUAUUAUUAUU